AUCUGAAGUCAAUAUUGCGUUAUUUGGGCAAUUUCAGCUUUGGGAUGGCAAACUGAUCCUACGAGAAACGCACUUGGUCAUCAUUACGUGGUCUCGUGUGACAACAGCUGUAAAUCCUGCUAGCUCUCAUGUCCCUGCUAGAUAAAUGAAAAUAUAUUGAACAAAUAAAUUAAGGUAGCGAAAAAUAAAGUAAAAAUGCUUUCUCGUUUAUUGAAGGAGCACCAAGCUAAGCAGAACGAGAGAAAAGAACUCCAAGAGAGACGCAGACGAGAGGCAAUUGCUGCGGCCACCUGUCUAACAGAAGCCUUGGUGGACCACCUCAAUGUUGGGGUGGCCCAGGCGUAUGUGAACCAGAGGAAGCUGGACCAUGAGGUGAAGACGUUACAGGUGCAGGCCAGCCAGUUCUCCAAGCAGACCGCUCAGUGGAUCAGUAUGGUGGAAGGAUUCAACCAGGCCCUGAAGGAAAUAGGUGAUGUGGAGAACUGGGCUCGCAGUAUUGAGAUGGACAUGAGAACCGUCGCCACAGCUCUGGAGUACGUACACAAGGGUCAGGUCACAUCAGCCUCGUCGUAGACACACUGAACCAUAACCUGGAACUGAUGGCCCGCUGCUAACUUCAGUAGCUGGACACUUUCACUGUGAAAGAGUGGUGGACUUACCACGGAUACCAGGAUUCUGGUCGAAGAACCAUCUGAAAAGUUGAUUCAAGGCUUCAGUGAUUACUAAAGGCUUUAAGGCUCGCCCAGUGUUCAUGAGGUGACGCGUUGUGUUACAGCAGGAACUGAAUAUCUGUGGACAAAUAAACCUUAUUGAAAAGAGCGCCUAUGGCCCAUCUGCAAUGUUGUUUUGUCCUCAACACUUUUAAUUGUUAAAGGUCUGUACCAAAUAUAUAUUAACUGUCGUGGAAAUACCUAACCAAUUGUCCUCAGACCAGGUAUAAUGGGCUUCAGAUGGGUCCAUGUGAAUUUAGCAACACUCCUAAUGAUUUCGCUGUUUGCACAAACGUUGUUUCCUUUGUGAGUCUAUCUGUGUGGGCGAACAAGACCAAGCAUAUCUAAUAAUCAAUUGAACGGGGCAAUGCAACGUUUUAACAAAUUUCACUUUUACACUUUUUACGAUCUUCUGCAAAGAGAAAUAGUUCAGAUUGGUUUUAGUCUGUCUUUCGGGUACUAGUCAGUCGUUCUCUGAAGUUAGGCCAUGAUCCUAUUCCCAUGAGGAUGAACAGGACUUUGAAAUGUGGAUUAGCGAGCGAGUCGUUGGAACAAAAGAGGCCUGUGUGUGAAAUAGUACUAUGGAGAAAUAGGAUUUAUUUGCUUGUAAUUGGUCGCCUGUUUUUAGAAGGAGAGAUUUGUCUGGUAACUGCCAACUCUCCUGUAUGACUAAAACUACCUAGCCUGGUUAAACCAGACUGACUGAAUGAUGCGUUCGCCAGUGAUGUCAGUCUGGUUUAAGCAGGUGGUAUUUGUACCCUGUUUUAAUAGAAGCGACGUUUAAACAUCUCAAGUCUCUUACUGCUUGAAAACCUUUUGGAUCAUGUAUGUUCAAUUAAUCACUCUCUCUCACGGUGUGUUGUAGCCUGAGUGCCAGUCAGUUUCAGCUAUCGUACCAACUCGUUGUCAUGACAAACAAUGACCGCAAUGGAAUUGACAAGAACAAAUGGAUCUGGGGGACCAGGCUAUAUAUAUAUCAAAUGCUUGUCUUUGAACUCUGUUUUGAUGUGAUGUUUCUCUGUUCUUGAAUAAAGAAAUUAAGUAAUGGUG